GGAUUUCCCGCGCGGUCCUUUGUCUUGGAGAAGUGUGUUUGUGUGUGUGUGUGUUUUAUCUGGACUGGGCACCCGCUCUUUCCAUGGCGGCUGCGAGAGAGCGGUUGCUGCAGAUCCUCGACGAUCUGACAGACGAAGAGCUCCGCAAAUUCGUUUUCUACCUGGAAUCCAUCCCGGACCGAUCUGUCCGAAUCCCUCGACGGAAGCUAGAGAAAGUCUCGCCGGUCGAGCUAGCCGAGCUGUUUGCGCGCUAUUUUCCCGGGGAAGAAUUAGAAGUCGCCGCCUACGUGCUGGGAAAGAUACCCAGGAAGGAUCUUCUGCGGAACCUCCUACGCGACGUAGCAGGGGGCGAUCGCCCGAGCGGAAGGGGGACCCCUGCCAUGGAAGCCCCAGUAGACCUCGUGGAAGCAGCUCCCGGUCAGUACUGUACAGGUGGGCACAGCCCGAACCCACAGGGAGAGCUCGGAGCAGGGAGGGAGUAGAGGUUUUGCUGUCUAGGACAGGGGUGCCAACUUGAAUAAAAUAUUGGGGAGGGCGGGUUAGGCCGCCCCGCCCCACCGCACCCCACAUAAUCGAUCAUAUGACAUGGUGCACACUAUUUGAAUGUGCUUCAACUUUGAGAGGGCCCGGCCCCCUCAAAUGUUUUAUUGGGGGGAGUUGGCUCCUAUGGUCCAGGACUCCCAUUUUGUCUAGGGCAGGGGAAGAGAAACUGUUGGCCUCCCCAUGUUUGUGGGACUGUUGCUCUCUUGAUGCCUGAUCGUUGGCUAUGCUGGGUGGGGCAGAUGGGAGUUGAAGUCCAGCAACAUCUGCACAAGGAACUUCCAGGAAACGUUCAGAGUAUGCUUCACAGCAAGCAAAACUACUCAUACACAUACAGAGGCAGACACUGCUCCAGUGUGGACCUAGCCAGGUAACAAUUUUGCACUGGAUUUUCUUCCCUUAUCAAAUUAUUCCUGGAUCUGGCAGGAAUUGCAGGUUGCUGCUUAGAUAAAGUGAUUGUUGUGUAGAUGUAAAUAAAUAGAGACCCAAGUAGAAUCAUAUCCACAUUAAACUCCUGUGCAGAUGAGCCCAUUCCCUCUCUACUGGGAUCUUGGUUUCCAACUGGGCAGGAAGUGGAAGGGUGAGGAGGGAAAGGAUAGUCCAUCAGGAGAAGGUUUUGAGGUGUGUGCUUUGCCUGUACCCCUCAUCUCUUCCUGGAACGUUCCUCAAAUGCCCUGGGCGCACCCUUGUUCCAGCACCCAUAUAGAUAAAAAAAAAUUUCUGGCGUCCAACUUACCGUAUUUUUCGCCCCGUAGGGCGCACCGGCCCAUAUGGCACACCUAGUUUUUUGGGGGGGAGGGAAUAAAGAAAAAAGAUUAUUUCCCCGACCCCAGCCCCCAGAACAGGCUGCUAUCUGCAAGCCCAGGCUUGCAGAUAUCUGCCCGAAGCCCGGGGCGUGCUGCUCAGCGCAUCCCAGGCUUCGGGAUGCAGGCGGCUAUCCGCAAGCCUGGGGAGACCGACGUGACUUCCCAUCGGUCUCCCCAGGCUUGCGGAUAUCUGCCCAAAGCCUGGGGCGCGCUCCGUUGCGCUCCCCAGGUUUCGGGCUGCAGGCUACUGUCCGCAAGCCUUGGGAGCCCGGCGGGAACUCCUGCCGGGCUCCCAAGGCUUGCAGAUAGCUUCCUGAAGCCUGGAGAGCGAGAGGGGCAUUGCGCACCGACCCCUCUCGCUCUCCAGGCUUCAACGAAAGCCUGCAUUCGCCCCAUAGGACGCACACACAUUUCCCCUUCAUUUUUGGAGGGGAAAAAGUGCGUCCUAUAGGGCGAAAAAUACGGUAAAUCUAGGACUCAGCCCCAGACCAGGAUGAGUGGGUGAGCUUCCACAACAGGUCUGAACCCUUACUAGAAAUUCCAGCUCAUAUUAUCAGGCAGGGAUCCUGUACCUUUAAUAUCUGCACAACAAGCAGGAAUUCACAUGGGAUAACUUUUCUGACAUGGGAAGAACUUCAUGGGUUGAUUUCGGCUCGUGGUGCAGCUUUUAAAGCAGGAGGGGGCCCUUUCAGAUGGUGCUGGAGUUCAUUUCCCAUCAGCGCCAGGCAGCAUUGCACAAUGGUCAGGGUGUUGGGAGUUGCAGCCUAACAAUAAUCUGAAGGGCAGCAGAUACCGUAUUUUUCGCUCCAUAAGACGCACCUGACCAUAAGAUGCAUCUAGUAUUUAGAGGGUGAGUGCAAGGGGGGGGGAUUCUUUAAAGGGAGCACUGAGCAGAGCCUGUAAGCUUCCCAGGCUCUGCUCAGCGCUCCCUUUCAUAAGCCAUGCGAAGCGUGUGUGCGGCGCUUGCAGGCUUUUCCCCAAGGAGGGAGAAGGGCAGCCCAUCACUGACGGGUUGCCCUUCUCUUUCCUCGGGGAAAAGUCCACAAGAGCCGCACACAUGCUCCGCGCAGCUCUUUAAAGGGAGCGCGGCUCUUGCUGGCUUUUGCGGGAGGUGGGGGAAGGGACAGAGCGCGGCUAAGCCAGAAGCUAGAACAGUGAGAGGGAGUGAUGCGCUGCAAUCUCUCUCGCUGUUCUGGCUUCUGGGAUAGCUGCGCAGCCUGCAUUCGCUUCAUUAGACGCACACACAUUUCCCCUUACUUUUUAGGAGGGAAAAAGUGUGUCUUAUAGAGCGAAAAAUACGGUACCUUUUCCUUAUCUUAAAGGCUCAUAAAGCGUUUUCCUUGCCUAGCCACUGCCUUGUAUCUUGCUUGUUACUUGUUUUGUUAUAAACAUCUAACUACCCAGAGGAAUACACAAUAUUAAGCAAAGAAUAAAAAGGAGGCAUUGUUAAAAGCCGCAGCAAAAAUCUCAGUUGGGAAGCUUUCCUGUUUGGUUGCCUGGAUCUCAUCCUCAGGCAAAUCAUUUUUAGCAAGCUUGCGAGGAGUCCCAUCUUGCCAAUGAAGCGAACAUAAAGCACCAUGUUAGCUCUGCUCUUCUGCCUCUCAUAAUCUUCCUUCCUUCUCGCUAUUUUGCAGAGCAACCCAGUCAGGUUUCGCAGCAGCAGCUCAUGAAGCUAGCCAGGAAGUUGGGCAGGAAAUGGAAGACGAUUGCCAUCGAGUUCCUGGGGGUGGAAAAUUCACGCCUGGAGCAGAUCGAAGAGGAGAAUCACAAGGACAUGGUCAUGCAAGCUUUCUACAUGCUUUGGGACUGGAGGAACCGUGAGGGAGGGAAGGCCACUGCAGCCAAUUUAUACCUUAUUCUCAACCAAGAUGGAGUGAAUCUUGACUAUGACGCAUAUGCGUUCCUGAGAGAGAGUGCCUGAAAGAGUUCUUGAAAGGCAGAAGACCACCUAACAGUCUUUUCCAGCAGCUCAGGCUCUCCAGAUACCUUUCUCAAUGCAAGUGAACACAGAUUAUAAUGAUUUAUUUUGACCGAUGUUUACGCUCAUAUGACUGAGCUGCAUGGGGUGUGGGGUGGGUGUUCGAAAUCAGCCAAGUGCCCAGCGCAUUUUGCACCUGACUAUUGGCCACGUGCAGGGACGCGGGUGGCACUGUGGUCUAAACCACAGAGCCUAGGGCUUGCCGAUUGGAAGCUCGGCGGUUCGAAUCCCCACGACGGGGUGAGCUCCCGUUUUUCAGUCCCAGCUCCUGCCCACCUAAGCAGUUUGAAAGUACGCCAAGUGCAAGUAGAUAAAUAGGUACCACUCUGGCGGGAAGGUAAACGGCGUUUCCGUGCGCUGCUCUGGUUCGCCAGAAGCGGUUUAGUCAUGCUGGCCACAUGACCAGCAUGUCUGCGGACAAACGCCAGGUUCCUCAGCCUAUAGAGCAAGAUGAGCGCGCAACUCCAGAGUCGUCCGCGACUGGACCUAACAGUCAGAGGUACCUUUACCUAUUGGCCACUUGCAACCGAGUGGAGAUACCUGGGCGCCAGGAUGGCACCUGACAUCACCACCUGAAGGUGCAUGCCUGGGGAUCAUUGGAUCUUGACUGUUUUCACAUACUAAUACCCCAUCCUGUAGAAUUCUAUCAGUUAUAUUUUAUCUGCUCAUUCCGUAUUAAUUCCAGGAACCAAAAUACUUUCCCCAUACAGCCUGAGCAGUGAACAACUUUACAGCUAACUGUUGUAACUUGUCUUCACUUACCCUGUCCCACUGCCCUGGUCACAGUUGUGAAGAAUAUUUUUACGUUUUGAAUGGCCCCUGUCACCAUUGAGAAAAAGAGGUCGGAAUAGGCCAAUAUAUAUGUGGACUGUCCCUGGAUCAAGUGACUUUUCUUCCUUAAGGUCUCAAAGCUCUUAACCUAGCUCAAGGUUGUCAUCUGAACCAGCCAGAUGCUUAACUGAUAAUCAAUCAUAGUCAGUGCAUCCUUUGAAAAAUAAGACUUCAGAGCUGUCUUGCCCCAAAAAUGGCAACUAGACAUUCUCUUUUGGCAACUCUAACCCUGGUUUAAGGAGCCACUUGGCGCCUAGCUUAUAUAUUUGAGUUUUUAACACUGGUUCUCGUGCACAAUAGUGGUAGACACCUUGCCGAGUGAGCUCUGCUGCCAAGCCAGCUUGGGGUGGGGGGUGAGAUUCCCACAGAACUGAACAACCACCCCCCUUUUUUCAACAAAGAUGGACUCAGGCUCAGUUUCAAGAAGCAGGGAUUGCAUAGACUGAGGGACUUCUCUAAGAAUGGAACCCCUCUGGAAGGCAGUUCCAUUAUAAUACUUCUGAAAGUGCCACAAACACCCUGGCUGCCAUUAUGCCAGGUCAUCCUUAUGAAGGAGCUUAUUCUUACUCUGUUUUAGUAUGUGCUGGAUGCCACCCAGAGUGGCUAGGGCAUGGGUAGGCAAGCUAAGGCCCAGGGGCCGGAUCCGGCCCAAUCACCUUCUAAAUCUGGUCCGCGGACAGACCGGGAAUCAGCAUGUUUUUACAUGAGUAGAAUGUGUCCUUUUAUUUAAAAUGCAUCACUGGGUUAUUUGUGGGGCCUGCCUGGUGUUUUCACAUGAGUAGAAUGUGUGCUUUUAUUUAAAAUGCAUCUCUGGGUUAUUUGUGGGGCACAGGAAUUCGUUCAUUCCCCCCCCCAAAAAAUAUAGUCCGGCCCCCCACAAGGUCUGAGGGACAGUGGACUGGCCCCCUGCUGAAAAGGCUUGCUGACCCCUGGGCUAGGGAAACCCAGCGAGAUGAGCAGGGUAGAAAUAAUAAAAUUAUUAUCAUUAUCACAGAGCAAUCAAACAGAUCUUUAACUGAGCCAGUGUGGAUAGUGGUUAGAGUGUCAGAGUAGGGCCUGGGAGACCAGAGUUCGAAUUUCCACUCAGCCACGAAGCUCACCUUGGGCCAGUCACUGCCCCUCAGCCUAACCUACCUCACAGGGUUGUUGUGGGGCUUAAAUGAGAUGGGAGGGAGAACCAUGUACAUCACUUUGAGCUCCUUGGAGAAAAAAUGUGGCUAUAAAUGCAAUAAACUCAGCUUGAGGGGCUGGUGUUGCUAUCUGAGAGCUCUUCUAAGGGCCUAGUCUUGCAAAUUUGUUAUUCUCAAUGCCAGGUCUACUGACCUGCUUCAGAUAAUGAUGGCCUGAGAACAUGGUACGAGUACAGAACCAGGAGAAUAAGCCAUGGCAGGGCAACCAUCUUCACACCAAGGAUACAGGAAAACAGCCUCAAUAUGGUGUUUGCUGGCGCUCCAAUUUUUAUGGGACGGGGCUCUAAACUGUGUGGGUUCUGUGACCCCUCUGGUAGAAACAUUUUGGGUCUCUGUAUUGUAUGAAAACUAUUUUCUUUUUCGGAUGCGAAGACAACAGUUAUGAGUUGCAACAAGAUAUAUCGCCACCUGAGUUAGGUGUCUUCCUUUUAGUUGUUUCUCCUUUUUUCUUUUGCAAUGGAAUAUUCACAAGCCGACAUUGUUAUGCUAUUGAUAAAUACGUAAAUAAAAAAGACUGAGCUACUUAC